AAAAGUGUGUUAACUCGUGGUGUGCGUUCGUUCACUUUCACUCCCAAGCCAAGCAGGUACAGCGCGCUCGCCUGCAAGCGCCGCCGAUUGAUAGAUCGCGUCCAUCUGCGUCCCUGCUGCCUUCCACAGUGCGUCCCAAAAAUGCCUCCCUCGUCCUGCCUGCUCGUCCUGCUCGCCCUUGCGGCCACCACCCUCGCCCUGCCGGCCACCUCUGAAAAGAAAUUGACUAUUGUCAAGACACUGCCCGAAUACAUCAUUCCAUGCACGAAAACCGACCCUGAGGUAAACAACUGUAUUAAGAACACCUUCAACCACCUUAGGAAAUAUCUCCAGAGAGGCAUUCCCGAGUUGAACAUGGACCCUCUGGACCCGCUGCGGCUGGACCAGUUGUUGAUGGAGAACGGCGUCGGCAACGUGCGAGUGCGCGCCCUGUUCAACAACAUGACGGUGCUCGGCGCCGGCAACUACACGGUCAUCACUGUCAAGAGCGACCUGAGCAAGCUCAGAAUAGAUUUGGGUAUGCGCCUCCCGCGGCUCUCCGCCAUGGGUCACUACGAGGUCACUGGCCAAGUUCUUCUGUUCCCCGUCAGAAGUCGAGGCGAUUUCUGGGCAACUUUCAAUGACAUCACUGCUGUGGUUUCUGUGUAUGGCCGCAACGUCACAAGAAGUGGAGAGCAUUUCAUGUCGAUCGAAAAGCUGGGCAUUGAUUUCCAUCUGGGAGGAAAGUCGCGAUUCCGCAUUAAGGACGUCGUCAAUGGAAACACUGUGAUUGGUGAGGCUAUGAAUCACUUCUUGAACGAGAACUCCAACGAGAUCAUUGACGAAAUGAAGCCGGCGGCCGGCGCAAGUAUUGGCAAACACUUCAAGUCCUUCCUCAACCAGGCCUUCCUGCAAAUUCCACUGCGUUUGUGGAUGAGAGACUCCGACGGCGACGAGUAAAUUAUUUAUGCACACGCGAACUUUUAUACAACUCUCUGCAGCAAUUUCCGUGAUCUGAUCUCUAGUUUGAGUGGACGUAAGGCCUUUAGGUGAAAGGUUAAAGUGAAAAUUUCGGUGAAAGAUCGCUUUUUCAUUUCCUCAACUUGUUAUUGGUUCAACUAAAAGUAAUCUGACGACUUGGUUUUAAACAAAAAUAUUGGACCGUUCUUUUUACAAAAUCUUACUGUAAUUUUAGACCUUGUGCAUUUUAGAAUAUUAUCACACUUGAGUGUCCAUGAAAGAGUUGUAAUUUGAGGAAAAAGUUGUAAAUAAUGUACAUAAUCAACUUGCGUAGCUUUUCUACUUUGACUAAAACUUCCUUUGUUAACUGUAAUUUAAUGUUAAAUGUAAGAAGUGACUUUUAAAUAUAAGGCUAUAAUUAUUAAAUGAAAAACGCUUAUUUU